AUGAGGGCCAUCAAGGCCCGGUAUCCGGGCGGGAGACGGAAGUCAACGUUAUCGCGACAAAUCUCAAGAGCUGAGCGAGAAGGAUAUACUCUCACGAGUAGGGCGACGCCAUUGCAGGGAACAUGUACAGAAAUCGACGGGGAAAAUCAUGCUGACAUAUGUGAUAAGAGCUGCAACGGGGGUGUCCGGAGUGGCUCGCCCUGCGAUGAGCUGGAUGGGAUACAGGACAAUUUAGCCAAUUCGAUGCCCAAACAAGUGAUGGAAAAGCUCAUGGAUUUCAAUCUAUUCCGCAAUGCACCACAUGCAUUUUUCGUAGAAAUCGCCCGCAGACUUAAACUCAUGACAUACCAUGUGCAAGACCACAUUGUAAAAGCUGGAGAGCCUGCCAAAGCUAUGUAUUGGAUACUUCGAGGCUGUGUCAAUGUCACUUCCCCUGAUGGCGAAACGGUGCAUGCCCAACUACUUGAAGGGAGUUACUUUGGUGAAAUCGGAAUCCUUUUUAAUCGUUCAAGAACGGCAACGAUAGUAGCCAAGACCAAAGUUUUGCUUGGGGUUUUGACUGCCGAUAAUUUCAACCAAAUUCUGCCUGCUUUCCCCCAGGUAGAAAGGUUGAUCCGUGACGAGGCUCAAGAGCGUUUGGCAAUGCAAGAUAAGAAGAAGCGCUGCGGUGUUCCCAGUCUCAUAACUUCGAACCUUUCGUGGAAUAGUAAUGUCGAAAAAUCAGUUCGGCUGCCACGGUCCGAAGUUGAGGGUUUUGGACCCGGACCACUGCCGUCUCCGCAAUUGAAUUCUACUGAGGUAGUGGAUGACUCUAUCUCUAUACGCCAAUACCUGAAAGGUUUACCACUCUUCACUACUCUUCCAGCCGAGAUAGCCCACAGGCUUGCCCUAUGUGUCGAAAUUAAACAAGCAGGGCCGUACGAAUACAUUUUCCAUUCAGGAGAUCGGGGCACUAAUAUCUAUUUUAUUGUAAGUGGGGAGAUGGAGGUGUUAACCCGAGAAUUAGCGCCUACUAUUAAUGAUGGCAUUGCUCCACGGAGAUCCAUACUACAAACCGAAAAACUAUUAGCAAGGUUGGGGCCUGGUCAGUAUUUUGGAGAAAUGGGAUUUUUAGGCUCUAUCAGCGAUGACCAGGAGAAAUCGAUAAGGUCGGCCGAUGUCCGAUCUGUUUCUUCAAGUACGUUAUUAGUACUGACUGGUGAAACUUUGAAGAAGUUCUGUGAGAACUAUCCCGUGGUGAAAAGGGAAAUAACAAAAACCGCCACAGAUCGCGCCUAUUCGAACUUGAAUUCAGUCCAGAAGAAGCGCAGCGAACGAUCAAAUUCGCCCCUCGAAACAGGCUCCACAGACCAUAAAAGGCAAAAAAAAAUGCGUGCAUAUGGCGAAAUUUCUGAAGCUCCCCCAGGUAUCAUACCUGGCGCUGCCGAAGCCCUUGACAGCAUUCCAGGCUCUGUUUUUAAUAUCAAAUUCGGAUUCAACGAGAAAAGGUCAAGACCACUGCCCUCAAUUGGGCCCAGCACUCAGAAUAACUCAGAGUGCUCUAAGAUAUCGAGAACUAGUUCACCUAAAUCUCUGUCCUCAAUCACUGGAGCCACUUCAUUAUUGGAGUUAGAAACCCCACAAAUGAAUUCUAUGGCAAGGUCAGGCGAAUCGUUCAAGGUUCAACAACCUCUGCCGCUGGCUUAUAUGCCACAUCGCAGACGUACCCGGCUGUUAAGUUUGGGAGGCGGUAUUCAUCGAAAGAGGAACUCUGUUCUCAGCAUUGGGCCAUUGCCGGAUCGGCUUCUGCUGAGAUGUUUCCAGUUUCUUGAUCUUCCUGAACUCAUGAAAUUGCGGUUGGUAUGUAGGAGGUGGCGACAACUAUUGUAUGUUGCUCCGGGCCUCUUUGAUUGCAUAGACCUCACUCCGUGGAGUAAGUCCAUCGACGAUAAAUCUUUAGUGGAGAUCACAAAUUUUGUGGGUUCGCGGCCAAAAACAAUUAACCUUUCUAACUGCUUCCAUGUUACCGACGAGGGUUUUUCGUACAUGAUAAAUGAGAUUGGCAUAGAAGGAGAGCUCCGGGUUAUUAAAAUGAGAGGUUGCUGGGAAAUUUCUGCAAUGGCCAUAAUGGAUAUUAGCACCCCAUAUAUUGGAAAUUUGGUUGAAGAAAUUGACUUGACUGCAUGCAGGAAGGUCAAGGAUGAUGUCAUUCAGAGGCUACUGGGUACCCAGGAGAAUUCAAUUCCUUCGAUGAAUUUGAUGUCGGGAGGUGGGGCCUAUCAAGGGAGUUGGACGUUUGCGCUUGAUGAGCCCAUAAGAGGAAUGGAAAUAUUCAAUGAGAAUGAUAAACAAACAACAAAUGUGGGCUGUCCCAAUUUGAAGGUGUUGACAUUAAGGCAUUGCAAAUCUCUAACAGAUUCAACUCUUCGUCAUAUUGCAUUGUACGCCCACCAUAAUCUGACAGAACUUGACCUCACUCGGUGCACAGGUUUGACGGAUGUGGGAUUUUCUUAUUGGGGAUAUCAAAAGUUUGCCAGUUUAAAGAAGCUAGUCCUUAGUGAGUGCAUAUUUCUGACGGACGAUUCGAUCAGGUCGAUUGCACACUCUGCAAGUGUACUACGCGAGCUCUACUUGUCGUUUUGUUGUUCUCUGACGGAUACUGCAUUAGAGAUCUUGUGCCUGCAAUGCCCUGAUCUGGAAGUACUGGAUCUCAGCUUUUGUGGCAGAGCUGUUAGUGACGUUUCAUUACUCGGUAUAUCCAUGCAUUUGAGAAAACUCCGACGUAUUAUACUGAAGGGUUGCCUGAGAGUCACUAGGUCGGGUCUGGAUUCUUUGCUCGGUGGAUAUACCUCGCUGAACUACAUUGAUAUCUCUCAAUGCAAAAAUGCACACAUGUACCAAGGCGGUAUUGAAGCUACAAAGUUUGAAACUAUAGGCUCGAGACGUAGUGUCUUUUUGACCAUGGAAGACAGCAAGGACACAUAUGUUCAAGUGGUUUUCUAA